AUGUCAUUGGCCGCUUACAGACACCUCCUGCGCUCUGCGCGCAUCGCCUUCCAAGGCGACGUCCACGUCCUCUCAGCCGCCCAGAACCAGAUCCGACAGACGUUCAACGAGAACCGCGGCCUGGACUCUUCCGGCAUCCAGGCUGCGAUCCGACAUGCCGAGGACGUGGCCACGAUCCUGCGCCAAAACGUGGUGCAGGGACAGAAGAUUGAGAGCAACGGUGACAACCACACUUUCAAGCUCCGGAUACACGAACACACCGAACGAGGCGACAACGACAGCAUAUUAACGGCAGGCAGCGGCAAACAGAGCGGUGGUGGCUGUGGCUGCAAAUGA